AUGGCGGGACUCACGACCGCCUUUGGCGGCCGACUGAUUCUCUGGUUUCUGGUCCUCUGGAUCAGCAUAACAGCAGCUCAGAAGCCUGAGCAUGCCAUCUCGAGCUUUGAUAACCCACCAGCGCGCGUGUUUUUCUUCGACGAUACAUUGAGUGUGAUUUAUCAUGAUCGGAUUUCUGGAAACUUGUAUGUGAGUCAGGAUGAGGGCAAGUCGUGGAAGAAGGCGGAGGGGAUCCCAGAGAGGAGUGUGAGCGUGGUUAUUGAGCAUCCGUACGAUACAAGACUUGCAUUCGCAUUGACAGAAGGAACGAAACACUAUCGAACUGAAGACCGAGGCAAGACCUGGCGGCCGUUCACGAUCCCGGAUUCGCCAGCAGUCGUCGCCCGACCGCUGUCUUUCCACUCUGAUCCCAAGAAAUGGCGCUACGUGAUCUACCAGGGAACAAAGUGCGAGGGCAUCGUGUGCUACGACGUCGCCUACUACUCCAAGGACGCCUUCAGCGACGAGCCAAAGCUCAUGCUCACCGACGUUAACCGCUGCCAGUUCGCGCACAGCAACAAGGACUUCAAGCACGACGCCCACCCAGAUCUCAUCUUCUGUGUGGCCUCUGACCAACGCACAGUCACUGGUGCCCACAACCUCGCCUCGCAGCGCCUCUAUUCCAGCACCGACUUUUUCGACAAGGACAAGAAAGUGGAAGACCUGGGCAUCGGCAAGAACGCCCGCGGCGUCGUCGCCUUUGCUAUCGUCUCCAGGUUCGGCGUCGUGGCGUUGAAGGAUCUGAGCAGGUCGGACGGAGAGAUGCAGCUGUACGUCACUACCGACGCGAAGAACUGGGCUAAAGGCCACUUCCCGCACGCCUCGAGCGCCAGGCUGCGCGAGAACGCGUACACCAUCGUCGAGUCGACGACACACUCGCUCGGUGUCGACGUCGUCCUGAAAGACCGCAGCACCAUCGGCACCCUCUUCCUCAGCAACUCCAACGGCACCUACUUUGUCGAAUCACUCAAGGACACCAACCGCAAUGAGCAGGGCUUCGUCGACUACGAAAGGGUGUACGGCGUCGACGGUGUUGGACUCGCCAACGUCGUCGCGAACGCACAGGAAGUCGAGGGCCGCAACGCUCCAAAGAAACUGCGGUCGAUGAUCACCUUUGACGAUGGUCGCCGGUGGCAACCACUCCGCGCUCCACCCCGCGACGACGAAGGGAACCGAAUCAACUGCGACCCAUCCGAUUCCGAGAAAUGUGCACUGCAUCUCCACUCGGUCACGACCCCGCAUAACUAUGGUCGCAUCUUCUCGUCUCCGGCGCCGGGUUUGGUUAUGGGUGUUGGGACUGUCGGCCCGCAUUUGGGGAGUUAUGAGGAUAGCGAUACUUUCCUGAGUACGGAUGCGGGGUUGACGUGGAAGAUGGUCACCAAGGAGGCGCACCAGUACGAGUUUGGUGAUCAGGGCAGCAUCCUCGUCGUCGUUAACAACGAAGAUUGGACGAGCGAGAUCAAGUACUCGCUCAACCUCGGCAAGACAUGGCAGACCUACGACUUUGGUAUCAAGAUUCGGUCUCGAGGUCUGAUCACCCUUCCCGACUCCACGUCCCAAAAGUUCUUGCUCCUCGGUUUGACCUCGCGGCAGGACCAGGAGAAGGAUAUGCGUUUGGGUAAAGUGGUGGUCAUCUAUCUCGACUUUGCGAAGACGAGGAAGAACAAGUGUACGGAGAAGGAUUUCGACAAGUGGUAUGCGAGGCCGACGGGGAAGAGGGAGUGUAUUAUGGGGCAUAAACAGUGGUACAAACGACGAAAGGUGGAUGCGGAUUGUUAUGUUGGAGAGAAGUUUAUCGAUCCGGAGGGGCAUGAGGAGAAUUGCGAGUGCACCGAGGAGGAUUAUGAAUGGUCAGUCGUGGUGUAUUUCUUCGUGUACUUUACUGAUGCGCCAUCCCUUAGCGACUACAACUUUGUCAGGAACGGCGACAAGUGCGAGCCUGCUGGUCCUGAGCCUGUCCCUCCUGGUGUAUGCACGAAGAACGACCCGACGGAGAAAUACAUGGGCUCGAGUGGUUUCAGGAAGAUCCCUGGCAACACCUGUGUGGGCGGCAAGAAGUUGGAUCAGCCCGUUGAGAAGUAUUGUUCCAAAGCUCGACCUGCGGAAGGAAGUGUCAUCCACACCAAGUUCCAAUUCGACAGUCCCAUCGUGCAGUUUGCUUAUUUCCCUGAAUCGACGACCAUCCUCGUCCGCUUGCUAGACGAAAGUAUCUGGCAAUCUAGCAACGAAGGCUAUACUUGGUCUCAACUCUUCAAGAACGAACGCUUCGUCGCCUUCUACCACCACAAAUACUCGAACGAACGGGCCUACCUGAUCACCCGCACCAAGAAAUUCUACUACACGACGGACACCGGUCGAUCGUGGAACACCAUGACCGCCCCGAACCCACCCAACACCUUCGACGCCCGAGUCCUACGCUUCAGCCCCUCCGACACCGACUUUCUAAUCUGGACCGGCAACGCCGACUGCGAGCGUGGCAAGACCAACUGUCACGCCGAAGCGCAUUUCUCACGAAAGAACGGGCGGGGGUGGACGUUGAUUGACAAGUAUGUGAGGAAUUGUGCGUUUGCGGAGGAUAAGGAUUUGAGUGCGGAUCCGAGUGAUAUCAUUUGUGAGAGUGUGAAGGAGAAGAAGGGGAUGCAGGUUAAGGGUGCGAGGAUGGAGCUUGUUGCUGGGAGUGGGUAUUAUCAGGGACGGAAGAGGGUUUUGUUUGAGAAUGUGGUUGGGUUUGCGAAGUUUUCAGAGUUUUUGGUUGUUGCUGGGUUGCAACCUGAGACGAAGAGUUUGGAGUUGCAGGUUUCGUUGGAUGGGACGCAUUUUGCGAGUGGGAAGUUCCCGCCGUCGAUGAGUCCGAACACGCAUGCAUACACCGUCCUCGAAUCGACUACCAACGCGCUCUUCAUCCACAUGACGAUGACGACCGCUCCUCCUCCCGCGCCACAAUGGGGCACCCUCCUGAAAUCCAACUCGAACGGGACGUAUUUUGGUGUUUCGAUUGAGAAUGUGAAUCGGAAUGAGAGGGGGUAUGUGGAUUUUGAGAAGAUGAUUGGGUUGGAUGGGAUUGCGCUUGUUAAUGUUGUGCAGAAUGUUGAUGUUUUGGCGGAGGGUGGUGGGGUUAGGAAGGGUGGGUUGGGGAUGGGUAGUGGUACGACUACGAGGCAAGUUGGGGAGUUGAAGAAGUUGCAGACGAGGAUUACGCAUAAUGAUGGGAGUACGUGGAGGCCCCUUACGCCGCCUGUUGUGGAUUCGUUGGGGAAUAAGUAUGAAUGUGAAGGGACGCAAUGCGCGUUGCAUAUCCACGGUUACACCGCCCGGCGCGAUCCACGCGCGACGUACAGCAGCCCCGCAGCGGUCGGUGUGAUGAUGGCCGUCGGGAACGUAGGGACGCACCUGGCGCCCUACGGCGACUCUGACACCUUCAUCUCCCGAGACGGCGGGUUCACCUGGGAAGAAGUGCACAAGGACGCGCAUAUGUGGGAGUACGGCGAUUCCGGUUCUAUCAUCAUUAUUGUGAACGACGAGGAGCCUACGGAUCAUUUGAUGUUUACGACGGAUGAGGGGCUGACGUGGAAGGAGUAUCGGUUUUCGGAGGAGAAGGUUAGGGUUAUGGCUGUUACGAAUGUGCCGAGUGAUAGGAGUAGGAGGUUUUUGUUGUUUGGGACGCAGGAGGGGCGGAAGGGUGGGUCGGUGGCGAUUCAUGUUGAUUUUACCGAGUUGACGAGUCGGCAGUGUCUGCUUAAUGAGCAGAACCCUGGGAAUGACGAUUUUGAGCUGUGGAGUCCUAGUGAGGAUCGGGUUGAGCUGUGUUUGUUUGGUCGACAGACGCUGUACCACCGACGAGUUAGGGAUGCACAGUGUUAUAUCGGUAAUCAGCCUAAAGUCGAAGCCAAGAUCCAGCGGAACUGUACCUGCACGCGGGUUGACUUCGAAUGUGAAUUCAACUACAUCAAGAACGAUAAAGACGAAUGUGUUCUCGUACCGGGUACAACUCCGCUCCCGAACGACGAUUCCGUUUGUAAGAAGGGCGAGGAGUACUGGUACGAGCGGACGCCUUAUCGGUUGAUUCCGUACUCGAGUUGCGAGGGCGGUACGAGGCUUGAUCGGGGUACUGCGCAUCGGUGUCCGGGAGUGAAGAGUAAGAGUGGGUGGUUUUGGAUGGUUAUGCUUGUGCUGCCGUUUGGGUUUACGGCGCUUGUUGGGUAUUGGUAUUAUAGACGGAGUGGGAUGGCUAGAGGGACGAUCCGACUACCGGGAGGCGACAACCGUGCGCCGGGUUCGACGUUUGGUUCUGGUUCGGGUGUGCUUGAUACACUUGCGAGUGUGCCGUGGUUCUUGGUUGGGAUGGCUGGUAUUGCGAUGGAUUGGUUGUCGUCCAAGUUGGAUGAGGGGAUCAGUCGGAGUCGGAGGGGGUAUAGGAAUGUGCCGAUUGAUGAGGAUGCGCAGAUUUUGAGGUUUGAGGAUGAGGAUUGA